GAAACAUGAUUGUUACCAUAAGAUUCAGUCAUUUAAAAUCCAGCCUAGAUGUCCCUUCCUGGACAAUUUGUCAGCUCCUCACUCUGCUAACCUGUGUGUCUCUGUAGAUCAAAUCCCUGGGGUGCAGUAAGUUUGUCUGCAUCCUCAUAUGCCCACCAGAGUGAUGUCCCUGAGGAUGGGGGAGGAGGUCAUACCUCGUGGGCAUCCUCUGUACCCGGCCCAGGGCGUGGUAUAGAUAAAUUAUAAGUUUCUUUUUUCUUUCCUUGUAUGUGAUGCUAAGAAAUAUAGACCAACCAGCUUGCAGGUGAUGAUGCUUAUUGCAAGACUACCUGUAGCUCUGAGGAUUCCAAAUUUAGCUGGUCAAUAAACAAACUUCUUCUUUAUGGGUAGCUAAACAACUCCUAGAUCAACAGACUGUGGCAUAAUAAGAUGUUCCUCCACAAACUGGUGCAAAAGCAAUAAGGAAAAGAAGCAAGGCUCCCCAACAGCGUGCCCCAGUGACAGAGUAUAUAAGUGAGGGCCACAGAAAGAGCUGGCACAUCAGGCAGCCCCUCCUGGCACAUCAGGCAGCCACCUCUUCACACUCCCAAGAAAGCACAGCCUCUCCACCAUGCCUGGCAGCUGCUGCUCUAGGAAAUGUCCUUCCCUGCCGGCUGUCUCUCUCUGCUCCACCGAGGUGAGCUGUGGGGCCCCGGUGUGCUUGCCCAGUUCGUGCCGGAGCCAGACGUGGCAACUGGUGACUUGUGAAGACAGCUGUGGGUCCAGCAGCUGUGGCUCACCGUGCUGCCAGCCGUCCUGCUCCAUGAGCAGCUGCUGCCAGCCCGUGUGUUUUGAAGCCACCAUCUGCGAGCCGUCCUGCUCUGUCAGCAGCUGUGUCCAACCCGUGUGCCUGGAGGCCACCAUCUGCGAGCCGACCUGCUCUGUCAGCAGCUGUGCCCAGCCUGUGUGCUUNGAGGCCACCAUCUGCGAGCCGACCUGUUCUGUCAGCAGCUGUGCCCAACCCGGGUGCUGCGACACCACUCCCUGCCAGCCAGCAGUCCUUUGUGUGCCCACCUCCUGCCAGCCGGUCCUCUGCAAACCUAGCUGCUGCCAGCCAGUCAUCUGUGAGCCCAGCUGCUGCCCGGCAGUCUGCACGGUGCCUACUUCCUGCCAACCCAUGGUCUGUGAGCCUGCUUGCUGCCAGCCGGUGUGCCCCACGCCCAGCUGCUGUCCCUCUGUCUGCUCUGCGACCAGCAGCUGCCAGCCUACCUGCUGUGACUCCAGCCCCUGCGAGCCAUCUUGCUCAGGCACCAGCGUCUGCCAGCCAGCCGGCUGCGUGGCCCUGGUCUGUGAGCCUGUCUGCGUUCGCCCUGUCUGCUGCGUCCCAAGCUCUUGCGAGGCCCCAUGUGCCUCCGAUUGUGAAGAGUCCUCUUGUGGGGUCUCUGGCACUGUCUGCUCGGGGUCAAGCCCCUGCCUGCCCUGUGUCUGUGUGCCCAGCCCGUGCCAACCCUCCUAUGUACUCAAGCGCUGUCACUCCGUGUGCUGUGAGCCUGUUUCGGGCCCAUCCGCCACCAGCCAACCUCCGUGCCAUCGUGCGGGCUCCUCCGCCUCUGCCAUCUGCCAACCAACUUACCGUCGCCGGACCUUCUACAUACCCAGCUCCUGCAACACCCCCUGCAGCACUGCUGUCUACCGCCCCAUCUGCCGCCCUGUCUGCCGCCCCGUCUGCGCGGCGCCCAUCACCUACAGGCAGCCGUACGUAACCGCUAUCUCCUACCGACCACCCUGCUACCGACCACCCUGCUACCGACCACCCUGCUACCGACCGUGCUACUCCAUCCUGCGCCGCCCGGCCUGCUUCACCUCCUACUCCUACCGCCCCAUCUACCCCCGCCAGCCCUGUGCCGAGUCCGACUCUGACAAACGUGAGGGCAAGAAGUCCACCUCCAGCCAACCCGACUGCCCUGAUGCCACCCCGUGCAAGCCAGACGUCUCUGAAGUGACUCCAGGCCAGCCCUCGGAGGCCAAGCCGUCCAGCCCAGUUCCUCGUGAGACAGCGGCAGCCCAGCCUGCUGCCAGCAAGCCUGCCAAUCGCUGACCAGGCCCCAGCCCACCAGUUCCUGCAGAACAAGCCACAAGCUGAGAAGAAUGGGACUGUACUUUGCAAAGCUCACUGGGACUUAGCUAGAUUCUUUCCUUUCUGCUCUGCCACUUGCCAUCUGCUUAUGCUUAGAGAGCUCCUCAGGAAUGUCAGUAUCCUGAUGACCACAAGGAAGGCCUCUUGGGCACGGAGAAGGGGACGUUCUGAGUUCUGCCACUAAACCGAGAAGAGCUGCUUUGCCAUAACGUUGAUGUGUGUCCUGACACAAAAUGUUUUCUCUUUUCCUGCAUGGGCUCACUUGCAAUGCGUGCCAUGUUCAUCUGGCACUUCUUCAAUGAGCUAUAUUUAAGAGUCCAAUAAAAGUGGCUAAGUAAAGUGACACGCUCUUCUUGUUCUAUUAAUGCCACAAUCUCAUCAGAAGACUUGUUUCAUUUUGGAGAGCAGUUCCAUCCAUC